AUGGAUCCCGACGCCAGCAUCCCGGAGCCCGCGCCCUCCGUCUUCAAUUACGUACUCUCCUUCCUUCUCGUCGGCGUAGCAUGGGGCUUCACAACACCCUUCAUCCGACGCGCCGCCGCAGACUUCAACGCGCGACAAGAGAAGCAGUCCGGCUCUGCCCCAAACCGCGGGCGAUCACAGACCCAGAACUCCGCGCAGCCUGGACUUGACGGGGAAGAAGAGGAGCAGGAAUUGCUCACGUCGGACGAGCAGGAUAAUGAAGGCGUUCGAAGGCGGAGUGGGAGUCGGCAGCGUCAGGAUACAAUAGCUGCGGAACAGGACCGGAAUGGAGAUGAGGAUGAUAUUCCUACGCCCGCAUGGCAAAAGUCGCCGGCCCAGCAGUCGUGGUUGCGCGCCAAGAUUACAUCUGUUUUCUGGACCGUGGUGAAUCUCCUGCGGACUCCGGCGUAUUCCGUUCCGCUGGUGGUCAAUUUGACCGGCAGUGUGUGGUUCUUUCUUCUGGUUGGGAAACACGAGCUCUCGUUAACAGUUCCGCUUGCCAACUCGAGUGCUUUCCUGUUCACCGUGCUCGGGGAGUGGUACGUGGAGCGCAAGGUGAUUGCGAAGGAGACAUGGCUGGGCUUGUUGCUGGUGUUGGGUGGAAUCGCUGUAUGUGUUCAUUCUAAAAACCAGACUGGUUGAUCGGCUCCUGGCCUCAACCUACGUGCUUGACGAUCGAGUACCUGUACCAUAAUCCGCA